UCUUACGGGUCUUGCUUCAGUAACAGCGAAAAACAAAUCUUCGUCAGAGGAAGUGAUAUUUUAAACCAGAUGAGCUAUUGAACUGGUUACCUUAGUAAAAACCCACACAUUCAUUCUCAAGUAGUGAGAGCAGAAGACAACAUGGACGAGCUUGAUGUGCUGUUGGAGGAGCUGGCCUUGAAUCCAGGGGGUUCAGAGAGUGUCAAUAAGAACAGGAGCAAUGAUCCAGCUGCUGGAGAGGUGCCAGGUGCAGUUUGUUCUGGACUUACCAAAAAAGGAAAAGGCCCAGUCUGCUCACAUGUGUACAGUGAUCUGCCAGCUCCUGUGGCAGCUUCCCUGACCCCCGACUCACCCACUAAGGAGCUGGACGCUAUCUUGCAGGAUAUGUUGGGUCUGGGACAAGGGAUCAGUACAGCAUCUGCAAGUGAUCCAGUGUCUUCAACGACCCCACCACCUCUUACACAAAAACAGUCUGUGAAAAAGAAAAUAGAAGGUGGGCAACAGGAGAACAAGGAGAGCAGCAGCAGAGCAGGUUCAGACGCUGACGCCUCAACCACGAGCAAGAAAACAGAUACUAUAGAUGACCUGCUCGGAGGGCUGAGCUCUGACUUGGAGAAGAUUGGCGUAUGCACCACGACCAAGGGCCACUGUGCUUCCUGCAACAAAAGCAUUGUGGGAAAGAUGAUCACGGCGCUGGGUCAAGUGUGGCACCCUGAGCACUUUGUGUGUGUGGCGUGUAAGACGGAGCUAAGCACCACAGGCUUCUUUGAGAGAGAGGGCCAGCCAUACUGUGACAAAGACUACCAUCAGCUCUUCUCUCCUCGUUGUGCCUACUGCAAGGGGCCCAUUGUGCAGAACAUCCUGACAGCUCUGGACCAGACCUGGCACCCCGACCACUUCUUCUGUACACACUGUGGAGGCCUGUUUGGACCUGACGGGUUCCUAGAAAAGGAUGGGAAGCCAUAUUGUAGCAAGGACUUCUACCUCCUCUUUGCUCCCAAGUGCUCAGGCUGUGGGGAGUCCGUGAGGGAGAACUACCUGACUGCAGCCAAUGGCACCUGGCAUCCAGAGUGCUUCGUCUGCGCAGACUGUCUCAAGCCCUUCACUGAUGGCUGUUUCAUGGAGUUGAAUGGUCGCCCCCUCUGCUCACACCACUUCCACUCCCGGCAGGGCACUCUGUGCGGUGGCUGCGGUGAACCCAUCACGGGCCGCUGCAUCUCUGCUCUCGAUCGCAAGUUUCACCCCGAGCACUUUGUGUGUGCCUUCUGUCUGCGGCAGCUUAGCCAAGGCAUCUUCAAGGAGCAGAAAGGGAAGCCAUACUGCUCGGCUUGCUUUAACAAACUCUUUGUGUGAGACAUACAGUAUGUAACGUACAAACAAUGCAUCAUUGUUGAAAUUAUAAUUUCCAUAUAGUAUGAGUGAUAAGUUAAAUGAGGCAACUAUACUAUUAUAUAUAACAAGAUAUGUAUUACAAGAGGGUAUUUGGUACAGAUGAGCAAUAAAGUUUCACUUUUUCAGUC